ACUAAUUCAAAUAUGCUUCAUAAAAAACAAAUAACUAUUUAAAUUGGAUCAAGAUCUAGACAAUCAUCACCAUCUUCAAUAGGAUCAGAAACUCCUAAACAUAAAAAAUCUAAUUCUUAUAUGUAAUUUUCACCUAAAUUGGAUUUUAAUAAUGGAUUAUCAUUUGUAAAUGAAGUUAAAGAAGUCAAAAUUACAUCUCCAAGAACAGAAGAUCUAUAAUCACCAAAGUCUUAGGCUUUUAAAUAAACUAAAUUUAAUAACAUUCAUAAAGAUGAACAAAUGAAAAAGAGUUAAUUUAGUAAAACUAAGAGUGAAGAUUUUGUAUGA